CUACAAGAGGAAUUGUAGAAAAAUUUUGUGGCAUUCUUCGCUCGCACCUCAAAAACGAUCGACGUCUUGGUUUCAGUCUCGGGGAUUAUGACUUGAACCAAUUCUUAUUGAAAUAAUAUAUAUAGAAAAUAUUAUAUAUAUAGAAAGAAUUAUAUUGAAGAAAAAAAAGAAGAAAUUUAAAGUAUACAUAGAGUUAUUUUUAUACUAAAGUGAAAGAAGAAAAUUAAAGUUUUUGAAAAAAAAGGAAAUAAUUUUUUUUAUGAAAAUAUAUAUUUUACAACGAAAACCCAUUUAACGAAGUUUUAUAUCUUUAAUCAAAGAGAAAAAAGUAUUUAGAAAAAAAAGCUAAAUUUAAAAAAAUAAAAUAUUUAAUUUAAAAAAAAAAACAACAACAAAAAGUCAUAAAAGCAGCUUUAAAAGUGCAACAUAUAAAACACACGCCUUUUAGCGUGUUUGUUUUUGAAUUUUGUUUUGUUAUUUUUUAUGUGUUAUAUAACGAAUUAAAAUAAAGAAAAAUAUGCAACGACAAAAUCCGAAUCCACAACAACAACAAAUGUACCAGCAGCAACAACAACAACAACAGCUGCAACAACAUCAUGAACAACAAUUCAUGCAUCAACAGCAUCAAGAAAUGCAUCAACAACAAACCAUAAGCCGCAGUGAACAUCAUCAUGUUCAAAGGAGUCAAGUAACCACCCAACAAAGAGUGGAACAACAUGGCGGCGGUUAUGUACAACCAGCUUUGACACACAUCUAUGCUCAGGGCGACAUCUCACCACCCGUAUUCGAACAAAUUUUCAAGAAUGCCCGUUUCGCUCAAGGCGGCAAUGCCUUGUUCGAAGGCAAACUUCGUGGCAAUCCUAAGCCAUUCGUAACAUGGACCCGAAAAGGCGCACCACUUCUCGAGUCUCAAAAGUUCCGCAUGAGCUAUAAUGAAGCCACCGGUGAGGUAUCGCUGCUCAUCAAUCAAAUUGGACCUGGCGAUGAGGGUGAAUACACUUGUACGGCUCGCAAUCAAUAUGGUGAAGCCAUUUGCAGUGUUUAUAUUCAACCAGAAGGCGCACCCAUGCCUACCAUCCAACCCAUUCAGAAACAAAUGGACAAGUCCAUUUUCGCCAAUGGUUAUUCGUUCUCCUCCACCAAGGAAGAGUUCCGUGUGGAUACCUUUGAGUAUAGACUUUUGCGUGAAGUAUCCUAUAGAGAGGCCAUUACACGUCGUUCGACUUACGAACAGGACUACUAUUUAUGCCAAGAAUUGGAUCGCUCUAUGGGACCAGCUCAUGCCCCACAAAUUGCCCAGAAACCUCGCAACUCUAAACUGAUUGAGGGUUCUGAUGCUGUGUUCGCCGCAAAGGUUGGCUCCAAUCCCAAGCCACGUUUGACUUGGUUCCACAAUGGACAACGUUUGGUUCAAUCCAAUAAGUAUGACAUCUCAUACUCGAGCGGUACAGCCACUUUGCGUGUUAAGAAAGCCAACAUCAACGAUGCUGGUCAUUAUACUUUGCUGGCAGAGAACACCCAAGGUUGUGUUGUGUCUUCUGCUGUGUUGGCCGUUGAGCCUGCUGCUGAGUCGGCCCAUGAACCAAAACCUGUUGAUGCUACGGCAGAACAGUUGGAAGCGGGCAAGGCUUUGCCACCCACUUUCGUUAAGUCCUACGGUGAUCGCGAAAUCACCGAAGGUCGUAUGACUCGUUUCGAUUGCCGUGUUACUGGCAAUCCUUAUCCUGAGGUAUACUGGUUCAUCAACGGUCGCCAGGUCAACGAUGAUGCCGCUCACAAGAUUCUUGUCAACGAAUCCGGUAGCCACUCGCUCAUGAUUACCAAUGUCACUCGCUUGGAUGCCGGCGCUGUCCAAUGUUUGGCUCGCAACAAGGCCGGUGAGGUUGCCAUCGAGGCCCAGUUAAAUGUGCUCGAGAAGGAACAAGUUGUCGCACCACAAUUUGUUCAACGCUUCAGCACUAUGACUGUGCGCGAGGGUGAACCUAUUACCAUGAGCGCCAAUGCCAUAGGUACUCCUAUGCCUCGUAUUACCUGGCAAAAGGAUGGUCAGCAAAUUUCAUCAACCGCUGAACGUUUUAUUGGCAUUGAUGGUGGAGCUACCUGUUUGGAGAUUCCACGUGUUAAAGCUUCCGAUGCUGGCUGGUACCAAUGUACUGCACAAAAUAUUGCCGGUUCUACAGCCAACCGUGCUAGACUCUAUGUAGAAGUUCCCAGAGAACAACCACCCGUCGAACAGAGACGUCUUAAUUUACCAAGACCCACGAAGAUUAUCGAACCAGAGCCCCAACCUGGUCCAGUUAUUUAUUUGCGUCAUGUUGAACGCGCUAAGCCUCAUUUACGUCCUGGUGAGGAAGACCGUGUCUACCCACCGCCACAGUUCAUUAUACCACUACAAAAUGUGCAACAAGUUGAAGGUGGCAAAGUUCAUAUGGAGGCCCGUAUUGAACCUGUUGGCGACCCAACCAUGGUCGUAGAAUGGUUCCUUAAUGGUCCAUCUUUGGCAGCUAGCUCUCGUGCUACCUCCGUAUUCAAGUGGUUCAUUGCUCUCGAUUUGUUGAGCAUUAUGACCCACGAUUCUGGUGAAUACAUGUGCCGCGUUACCAACGCUGCCGGUAUGGCAGAAUCUCGUGAACUCUCCGUUACCCAACGCCCUUCAAUUGAGCAAACUUCUCAACAUCCCAGCAGCUUGCAAUACAUCAAUCAAUUGGAGGAUUAUUCACGUUAUCAACGUCAAGAAAGUUCCGAGGAACUUAUGAAUCAACCCCCUGUCUAUCGCCCUCUUAAGGAUUUGGGUGAAUUCGAAGAAGGUAAAAAUGUUCACUUUGAGGCUCAAGUUACUCCAGUCAACGACCCCACCAUGCGUGGAUGGUACAAGGAUGGUCGUCCUAUUACUGCCAGUUCACGCAUUACAGCUAUUUUCAACUUUGGCUAUGUCUCUUUGAAUAUUUUGCAUUUGCGUGCCGAAGAUGCUGGCACAUACACUGUACGCGCUGUCAACCUCAUGGGUGAAGCCAUUAGCUCAUCUACCAUUCGCGUACAUAUCAGAUCUCAAGUUACCGCUGAUUUGGGUAUUCCAGAGCAACAGCGUUACAUCGAAAAGGUAGAAGAAUUGGAAGGCUAUAGACAGUCUCAACAACGUCGCCAUGCUCAGGAGGCACCCGAACCAAUUGCUCCACCUCAAUUCAAAACAAAAAUUCAAAAUCAAGUGGAUAUGCGUGAAGGUGGACAUGCCCACUUCGAGGCUCGUUUGGAACCUACCGGUGAUUCUACUAUGCGUGUAGAAUGGUUCAGAUGGCCACCUUUGGAAGCCAGUUCGCGCAGCACCACCUUCUUUAACUUUUGGUUAUGUUGCUCUUACCAUAAGCAACUUACCAUUUACGAUGCUGGCACUUACACUUGCCGUGCCUACAAUGCCAUGGGUCAAGAUAUUACCCAGCCCAAUUGACCGUCAUCUCUUAAGAAGGAAAAUCGUUUCCGAACUCUCACAUCCGGUGGUUUGGAGAAGAUCCAACAUUUGGAAGACUCUUCCCGCUUACGCGGCCGCACUGAGGAAGAAGAGACUAAGAUCACUCAAAAUUCCUCGUUUCUUGGUCCCAUGAAGGGUACCAAUAAGAUUAUCGAGGGACAAACCCAUUUCGAAGCUCGUGUUGAGCCUCAAAGUGACUUGAGCAUGAAAAUCGAAUGGUAUCAUAAUGGUCGCGCCAUUACUGGCAACCUUAUUCAAAUGUACUAUGACUUCGGUUAUGUUGCCUUGGACAUUUCUCAAGUACGUGCUGAGGAUGCUGGUGUUUAUACCGUUGUUGCCAGAAACAAGUUAGGUGAAGCUCAAUUGCAAGGAACGAUGAUAGUCGAAACUCGUUCCAGUAUUGACACAUCUAGCAUGCACCGUGGUUUGUAUGAAAAAACUCAACACUUGGAAAACAAGCAAUUCGUUGAGCCUCACUAUGAUAUCGAAGAAAUUUCGAAAUCUAAACCCAUCUUUGUUCAACCACUGUCUGACCCCAAACCCAUCCAUGAGGGUAAGAACAUCCAUUUGGAAUGCCGUUUGGAACCUAUGGGUGAUCCCACUAUGCGUGUUGAGUGGUUCCAGAAUGGUCGUCCCAUAACUGUAGGAUCUCGCUUCCGCACUUACUAUGAUUUCGGCUUUGUAGCUUUGGACAUUAUUCAAGCUACAUCUGCUGAUUCUGGUGAAUAUACUUGCCGUGCCACCAACCACUUGGGUUCAGCUCACACUUCAUCGUGUGUUCGUGUUAUUGAUCGUUCUGAUAUUGUUACCGAAACUCAGAAUGAAAUGUCUUUGGAGCAAAUUCAAAUGUUGGAAGAUGCCUCUCGCCGCCGUCAUCAUAUGGAGGAGGAAAUCACCGUCAUGCAAGCUCCUCAAUUCACCAGAGCUUUGCACAACAUUGAAACCAUGGAAGGUACCAAUGUUCAUUUGGAAUGCCGCUUGCAACCUGUUGGUGAUCCCAGCAUGCGUGUUGAAUGGUUCGUGAAUGGCAAGCCCGUCAAGACUGGUCACCGUUUCCGUCCAGCUUAUGAAUUCGACUAUGUAGCCCUUGAUCUUUUGGGUUGUUAUGCUGCUGACUCUGGCGUUUAUACCUGUCAAGCCACAAAUCAAUUGGGCGAAGCUGUUACCUCUUGCUCCGUACGCAUUAUUGCCAAGAAUGAUUUGAUUUUGGAAACUCAAAAUGAGUCUGGUUUGCAAAAGAUUGCUUACUUGGAAGACUCUUCCCGCUAUCGCCGUAGCGAAUUUGUCGACGAAGAAGUAGUAAACAUUCGUCCUCGUUUCCUUACCCAACCCAAGAGUCUUAAUAACAUGCGUGAAGGUGGUCAUGCUCACUUUGAAUGCAAGAUUGAGCCUGUUACCGAUCCCAAUCUUAAGGUUGAAUGGUACAAGAAUGGCCGUCCCAUCACUGUGGGUCACCGUUUCCGUCCCAUCCAUGACUUUGGAUAUGUAGCCUUGGAUAUUGUUGAUCUUAUUGCCGAGGAUUCUGGUGUUUACACUUGCCGUGCUGUCAACUUGAUCGGUUCUGAUGAAACUCAAGUGCAAUUGCAAUGCCGCAGCUCGGAACAAAUUGUGACUGUUACACAAAAUGAAGCUGGUUUGGAACAAAUCCAUUACUUGGAAGAUCGUUCCCGGUACACUCGCCGUGAAGAAGUCGAUGAGUCCACUAAACAAACUCCUGUCUUCACUACUUCCUUGAAGAAUGUUGAAAUCAAGGAAAAUCAACGUGCCCACUUUGAGUGCCGUUUGAUUCCAGUUUCGGAUCCUACUAUGCGUGUUGAAUGGUAUCACAACAACAUGCCCUUGAAGUCCGGUUCUCGUUUCACCGAAACCAACAACUUUGGCUUUGUAGCUUUGGACAUUAUGUCCUGCUUGCCUGAAGAUGCCGGUACUUACACUUGCCGUGCCUAUAAUGCUGUAGGUGAAGCCAUCACCUCUGCUGUGGCUGUUGUUCACACCAAGAAGUCCAUCUACUUGGAAUCCCAACACGAAAGUGCUUUGCCUCGUUUGCAACAUUUGGAAGAUAGCAACAAACGUCAACGCAUGAGUGCCCAGGAGGAAAUUAUUUCUCAAGCUCCAGUUUUCACUCUUCCUGUACGUGAUUCCCGUGUUGCUGAGGGUCAAGCUGUACACUUUGAAGCCCGUUUGAUUCCUGUUGGUGAUCCUCACUUGAAGGUUGAGUGGUUGCGCAAUGGUCAACCCAUUGAAGCCUCCAAUCGUAUUACCACCAUGCACGAUUUCGGUUACGUUGCCCUCAACAUGAAGUAUGUUAACCCAGAAGAUUCUGGUACUUAUACAUGCCGUGCUACCAAUGAACUGGGUCAAGCUGUCACCUCUGCUUCAUUGAUUGUUCAAUCUAAGACUUCCAUCCAAAUGGAAACUCAACAUGAAGCUGCCAUGCACAAGAUCCAUCAACUUGAAGAUCAUACUCGUUACCAACGCCGUGAAGAAGAGGAAUAUGUUGUAACUCAAGCUCCUCGCUUCGUUACCAAACUUAUUGGCCCCAGCAAUUUGGUUGAGGGACAAAGCGCUCACUACGAAUGCCGUAUUGAACCUUACCCUGAUCCAAAUCUUAAAGUUGAAUGGUUGCACAAUGGCAAGCCAUUAAAUACCGGUCACCGUUUCCGUACCACUUACGAUUUCGGUUUCUCCGCUUUGGAUAUCUUAACAGUUUACGCUGAAGAUAGCGGUGAAUAUACCUGCCGCGUUACCAACAACUUGGGUGAAGCUGUUAACUCCAUUCGCUUGAAUGUACAAUCCAGAUCAUCCAUCAUUCAGGAGACUCAACAUGAAGAAGCCUUGCAAAAGAUUCAAUACUUGGAAGAUGAGUCUCGCUUCCAACGCAAGGUUGAAGAAGAUCAAUAUAUGACUGAACGUCCUCAAUUUGGACGUCCUUUGCGUAAUGCUAAUACCAAUGAAGGCAAGCCCGUACAUUUGGAAGCCACUCUUACACCUGUAAACGAUCCUACCAUGAAGGUUGAGUGGUAUUGCAAUGGCAUCCCAAUCCAAACUGGCCAUCGUUUCAAGACCACCUAUGACUUUGGCUUUGUUGCCUUAGACAUCUUGUAUGCCCAUGCUGAAGAUACAGGAACCUACAUGUGCAAGGCCAAGAAUGCCGUAGGGGAAGCUGUCACGACUUGUGCUGUAAACGUAACAGCAAAUAAGACAUUGGAUCUCGACACUCUUGAUGCCGAGCGUUUGGAAAAGAUUCGUCAAUUGGAAAGCUAUGCUGCACCCAAGAAGGUCGAAGUUGAAGAGAAGGGUCAAAAGCCCAUCUUCUUAACUCCUCUUAGCAAUUUGGAACAUCUCAAGGAAGGCGAACACGCUCAUUUGGAGUGCCGUGUCGAACCAAUUAAUGACCCUAAUUUGAAGAUUGAAUGGUUCUGCAAUGGUAAACAAUUGCCUUUGGGCCAUCGUUACAGAACAACACAUGAUUUCGGUUAUGUUGCCUUGGACAUUCUCUACGUCUAUGGCGAGGAUACUGGUACUUACAUGUGCAAGGCUACCAAUUUGCUCGGCGAAGCUGUCAACACCUGCAAUGUUCGUGUUUUGAACCGCCGCAGCAUGAUUUUGGAUACUCAACAUCCUGAUGCUUUGGAAAAGAUUCAAAAACUCGAAUCCAAGGUAGUUACAACACGUACUGAGGUUAGCGAUCAACCCAUUAGCCCACCACAUUUCACCGCUGAAUUGCGUGGUACCACCGAAAUCUACGAGGGACAAACCGCUCACUUUGAAGCUCAAGUACAACCUGUACAUGAUCCUAAUUUGCGCAUUGAAUUCUAUCACAACGGAAAACCUUUGCCAUCAGCUUCUCGUUUCCAUAUCACAUUUGACUUCGGCUAUGUCGCUUUGGAUAUUACCCAUGCCGUAGCUGAAGAUGCUGGUGAAUAUUCCGUUCGUGCCGUUAACGCUUUGGGUCAAUGCGUAUCAUCGACCAAUUUACGUGUUAUUGCUCGUGGUACUAUCAUCUCCGAAACACAACAUCCUGAAGGUUUGGAAAAGAUUCGUAAAUUGGAAUCGACCGCUCCAUUCCAACGUCCUGAAUUGGAAACACCUGGUACUAGACAACGUCCCGUAUUUACUCAACCCUUACAAAACAUUGACCGCAUUAAUGAACAUCAAACUGCUCACUUCGAGUGCCGUUUGAUUCCAGUUGGUGAUCCCAAUCUUAAGGUCGAAUGGUACCGUAACGAAAAGGUCAUUGAAGACAGUUCUCGUAUUACCAAACAACACGAUUUCGGCUUUGUUUCUUUGGACAUUUCUCACAUUCGCAAGGAAGACGAAGGUGUUUACAUGUGCCGUGCCGUCAAUCCUCUUGGCGAGGCUGUUACCACUGCCUCUAUGCGCGUUGUUUCUGAAGCUAGUAUCCAAAUGGAUACUCAACAUCCCGACAGUAUCAGCCGUAUUCAUCAAUUGGAGCGUCCAUCUGCACCUCGCCCCGUCGAACCAGAACGUGCAUUUGAGAAGCCUAUUUUCACUCAACUUCUUACUGGUCCCUCUGAAUUGUGGGAAGGACAACAUGCUCACUUUGAAGCUCGUGUUGUACCAGUUGGCGAUCCAUCUUUGAAAUUCGAAUGGUACAUCAAUGGCGUUGAGUUGCAGAUGGGUUCUCGUUUGAGAACUACCAACGAUUUUGGUUUCGUAACACUCGAUAUUAGCUCUGUAGUACCCGAAGAUGCUGGUGUUUACAUGUGCCGUGCUUACAACGCUGCCGGUGAAGCUGUAUCAUCUACUGCUAUGAAGAUUAAGACCAAAUCCAACAUUAUCGGUGAACCAAUGAUUCCUGAAUCUUGGGAAGCUGUCCGUCUAAAGGAAGCUUCCAUGAAUCGUGUUCCUGAAAUGUUUGUCGAUACAACACCUCAACAAGCUCCAGUCUUUACAACUCAUUUGCAGAGCUUCGACAAACUCAGUGAAGGUCAACACGUACUUUUGGAAGCUCAAGUUGAACCUCGUGCUGAUCCCAACUUGCGCAUUGAAUGGUUCAAGAAUGGUAUUUCACUUACCACUGGCUCUCGUAUUCGCAGCACCUUUGACUUUGGUUUGGUCACUUUGUCCAUCAAUGGCUUGCGUGCCGACGACUCUGCCAUUUACACUUGCAAGGCCACCAAUCAAAUGGGUGAAGCUGUUUCCACCUGCUCACUCAAGAUUGAAGAUCGUCAUUGGUUGCAAGCUGAAUCUUUGCAUCCUGAUUCUUUGCCUCGUAUUGGAGAACUUGAAGCACCCAAACCUGGACGCCCCGAAGCUCCAGAACCAGUUUACGAAACUCCAGUAUUCAUUACUCACUUGAACAAUAUCGAUUGUAAGGAAAGCGAUAACGGCCGCUUCGAAUGUAAUGUUGAACCAUCUCGUGAUCCUACCAUGAAAAUUGAAUGGUUCUACAAUGGUCAACCAUUGCAAGCUGCUGCCAAAUUCAAGUCCAUCUAUGACUUUGGCUACUGUGCCUUGGAUAUGUCCAACCUUUAUGCUGAAAACAGUGGCGUCUACACUUGCAAGGCUACCAAUAGCAAGGGUUCUGCCACUACAUCUGGUACACUCAAGUGCACAAGUGGUAAGAUCAUGUUCUUGGACACUCAACAUCCUCAAGGUGAAGCUGGUUUGGAAGCUGUUAAGGAAACCGAAGAAGAAUUGGCUAAUCGUUACAACCGCGAAGUUGUCAAACCUGAAACUCACUAUCCUCCACCAGUCUGGACUAGACCUUUGCAAGCUGAGUUCCACUUGUCCGAAGCUCAACCUCUACAUUUGGAAGCUAAUGUUGAACCUAAAGAAGAUCCUAAUCUAUUCAUUGAAUGGUACUUCAAUGGCAAAUUGUUGCAACACGGUUCUCGUUUCAAGAUGACAAGUGAAUUUGGUUUUGUUACCAUGGAUCUCAUCGAGGUCUAUGAACGUGAUCAAGGUAUUUACACCUGCAAGGCCUACAACAAAUCGGGUGAAGCUUUCACCACCACUACCAUUUACUGCUCCAGCAAGGAUAGCAUCAUUGAACAAACCCAACAUCCUAAGGGUGCUGAAGGUCUCGAACAAAUUCAAGAUUUGGAAGAAUCUUUGCGCAAGGACGGCAGCAAACCCGAAAAACCAGAAGAAGGUAUGGCUCCUCGUUUCACUACUGAAUUCGUCAACAUCUCGGAUGUUGGUGAGGGCGAGAUUGCUCAUUAUGAAGCCAACCUCGUGCCCACCGGUGACCAAAGCAUGGUUAUUGAAUGGUUCUUCAAUGGCAAAGUACUUGAAGCUAGUCACCGUGUCCGCACCAUCUAUGCUUUCGGUAUGGUUGCUUUGGAAAUUUUAGGAACCAAGAUCGAAGAUACCGGCACCUACACUUGCCGUGCUACCAACAAAUACGGUUCUGCUGAAAUCAGCUGCACUCUUGAGUGUGUUGAUAAGCCACGUGGCCAGAAACCUCGUUUCACCUCCCAAAUUCAAUCGUUGGAAGGUCUUAAGGAUGGUCAAUCUGCUCACUUUGAGUGUACUCUUAUUCCUGUCAAUGAUCCUGAACUUAAGGUUGAAUGGUAUCACAACGGCAAGCUUAUGCGUCACUCCAACCGUAUUAAGACCGUUUCCGAUUUCGGUUAUGUUGUCUUGGAUAUUUCCUAUUUGCAAGAUCAUGACAGCGGUGAAUAUGUUUGCCGUGCUUACAACAAAUAUGGUGAAGACUUUACCAGAGCUACUCUUAACUGCCGUGGUCGUGGAGGUGUAUUCUACGACAGCUUGCAACCCGAUUCUCUGCAAAGAAUUAGGGAAUUGGAGUGCCCACAAUUGCCAGGAGAGGCUGUUGCCCCUGUUGUCGCUGAACCACCCAAGUUCAUUACCCACAUCAAGGAUGUCACCAAAUUGGUUGAAGGACAAAGUGUUCACUUUGAAGCUCGUCUUACUCCUAUCACCGAUCCCGAUCUUAAGGUUGAAUGGUACUUCAAUGGCAAGAAAUUGCCCCAUGGCCAUCGUUUCCGUACUUUCCACGAUUUCGGUAUUGUUAUUUUGGAUAUUUUGUACUGCUAUGAAGAAAACUCCGGUGUUUACGAAUGCCGUGCUGUUAACAAAUAUGGUGAAGAUGUAACUCGUGCUACUCUCACCUGCUCUUCCAAGGCCAAUUUGAUUUUGGAUUCCCAAUUGCCACGCGGCAUGGAAGGUGGCUUGGAAAAGAUUGCCAACUUGGAAUACAGCAUGGUACGUACACGUGACGAAACUGUAGAAGAAACCAAAGGUAAGGCACCCGUGUUCACUGUACCUUUGGAGAACAUUGACAAUUUGCGCGAAGGUGAAAAUUGCCACUUUGAAGCUCGUGUAACACCCGAUGAUCCUAGACUCAGAGUUGAAUGGUACUGGAAUGGUCGUCCUUUGAAGGCCGGUUCUCGUUUCCGCACAUUCUGCGACUUUGGUUUCGUCAUUUUGGAAAUCUCACCCGUAUAUCCCGAAGACUCUGGUGAGUACUCUUGCCGUGCUAUUAACGAGUACGGUGAAGCUGUAACCACUGCCACCAUGAAGAUUGCCGGUAAACGCAGCAUCAUCAUGGAAUCCCAAUUGCCCAAGGGUAUGGAAGGCACCAUUGAUCGUAUUGCCGAAUUGGAAGGUUUGGGUGUACGCAGCACUGAAUUCGCUCCCGAAGAUGAUACCGGUAAACCACCAGAAUUCAUUACCACUCCCUUCGAUAUGGUCAUCAAUGAAAAUCAAUUGGCUCACUUUGAAUGUCGCUUGCAGCCUAUCAACGAUCCCAGUAUGCGUGUCGAUUGGUUCCAUAACGGCAAAGCCUUGUGGGCCGGUUCCCGCAUUAAGACUAUCAAUGAUUUUGGUUUCGUAAUUUUGGAAAUUGCCGGCUGUUAUCAACGCGACUCUGGUUUGUACACUUGCAAGGCCACCAAUAAACAUGGUGAAGCUACUGUCUCGUGCAAACUUCAGGUUAAGGGUCGCCAAGGCAUUGUCAUGGAACCACAAUUGCCUUCCAACUUCCGUACCGGUACCGAAAGCUUGCAGAAACUCGAAGAAAGCAUGCACAGGAGAGAGGAAAUCGUGGUCGAUGAAGAACAACCCAACCCACCCAAGUUUAUUGAAGAAAUCAAGGAUAACUUGGAUGUUCAAGAAGGUGGUCCCAUUCACUUUGACUGCCGCGUUGAACCGGUGGGUGAUCCCACUAUGCGCAUUGAAUGGUUCUAUAAUGGCCGUCCUUUGCCUACAGGUUCUCGUGUACAUCAAUUGAAUGACUUUGGUUUCAUUGCUUUGGAUAUUGAUUAUAUAUAUGCUCGCGACUCCGGUGAAUACACCUGCCGUGCCGUUAACAAAUGGGGCGUUGCUACCACCACUGCCAAGGUCACCUGCAAGGGUAAGGGCAACAUUGUCUAUGAUACUCAAUUGCCUGAUGGCAUGACUGCCGAAAAAUUGAGAGAAUUAGAUCGUGGUCGCAUUCCUGAAGUAGUACAACAGGAAGAGGUCGAAUAUGGACCACCUAAGUUCAUUACCGAAAUUGCUUCAGUGACUGUUGAAGAAGCUGAAGCAGUACGUUUCGAGUGCCAAGUUGAACCCAAGAACGAUCCCAAUUUGCGCAUUGAAUGGUACCGCAAUGGCAAGCUUUUGCCAUCCGGUCACAGAUAUAGAAACAUUGUGGAUAUGGGUUUCGUAUCAUUGGAUAUUUUGUAUGUUUAUGCUGAAGAUUCCGGUGAAUAUGUAUGCCGUGCUUAUAACAAAUACGGUGAAGAUCGCACCAAGGCUACCAUUUCCUGCAAGCAAUUGCCUUCGAUUAUGUUGCAAAAUCAAGUACCACGUGGCAUGAAACGUUCCGAGACCCUGACUCAAAUGGAAGCCACCAUUAAGAAGUAUACUUCAGAAGUGCACUUAACCGAGGAUGAUCUUUUCGAUCCUGAUCGCAAGCAACCACCUCGUUUUGUUACUCAAAUCAAGGAUCAAACCAAUCUCACCGAAAUGGCUGUUACCAAGUUUGAGUGUCAAUUGGCACCAGUGGGUGAUCCCAAUAUGAAGGUCGAAUGGUUCUUCAAUGGCAAACCAUUGUUGUACAAGAACCGCUUCCAACCUAUUUAUGAUUUCGGUUAUGUAGCCAUGAACUUUGGCUGGGUUUAUCCCGAAGAUAGCGGUGAAUAUGUCUGCCGUGCUACCAACUUGUAUGGCAAGGAUGAGACCAGAGCUUUCAUUAAGGUUGCUGGUAAACCAGGCAUUGUCUACGAUUCUCAAUUGCCCAAACAUAUGCAUAGUAUUGAUCGUAUUCGUGAAAUGGAAGCCUCUUGGCAAGUUGUUCCCGAGGAAGUUGAUCCCGAUGCAAGACCUAGAUCGAAACCCGUGUUUGUUAGCAAAUUGGAACCACAAACCGUUGAAGAGGGCGAACCUGCACGAUUCUGUGUACGCGUUACUGGUUAUCCACGUCCAAGAGUUAUGUGGCUCAUCAAUGGUCACACUGUGGUUCAUGGUUCUCGUUAUAAGCUUACUAACGAUGGUAUGUUCCACAUGGAUAUACCCAAGACCAGACAAUACGAUACCGGCAAAGUGGAAGUUAUUGCCCGUAACUCUGUGGGUGAAGCUAUUGCUACCACUGAACUUAAUGUUGUAGCCCGUUCCGAUGAUUAUCGCGGUGUCCUUAAGAAUUCACCACGUCGUAAGUAUUUAAGACAUUUUUGUUGUGUGAAAUUCUUUUUACCAACAACAACAACAAUU